AUGGAUGUUGUUGGCUCAGUAUCUGCAAUUUUAUCGAUUGCAGCAGCGGGAGCCCAGUGCUCCUUCAAGCUUGUCUCAUUCGUAUCCCAGAUCAAGGGGGCGUCUGAGAGCAUCAGCAAUGCCGCAGAAGAUGUCUCGAUCACCGCCAAUAUCUUACAGCAGCUUGGCGAUCUGAUUCAGGACACUAUGGAAGAGCAAGCGCUUUCUGAGCGCCUUUUAGAUAGAGAAGUCGCCGUGGAGUCAACCGCAACUUCCAGUGCCAACCCUUCAAGAUCUCAGAAAAGCAUACUUAAUGAAACUGCUCUAGACAUUGUCUUGAACUUGGGAAAGAAAUGUUCAGAUAUUUUUGCUUCUCUGAAUUUGGCUCUGCAGAAUGCCAGCCAACAGCUGAGCGCAAGGCCGAGAACAAAACAGAGGGUUAAACUCACACACAAGGAGAUGUUAAAAUGGCCAUUUCUCCAGCCUGAUAUCAAGAAGAUGCGGGAUGAACUUGCAAAUAUAAGACUACCUUGA